AUGAAACGCCUGUCAGUAUGGCAGUGUCACAUCCGGGCAAACGCUCUUCCCCAACUGACGGUCAUUCACACAUUGUGGAUGAGGGAACACAACCGAUUAGCCAAACUACUGUCACACAUCAACCCGCAAUGUGACGACGAAUGUAUUUUUCAGGAGGCCAGGAAAAUCGUUAUGGCGUCCAUACAGCACAUCACUUACGUUGAGUGGCUGCUAGCGCCGCUCGGGGAAAACUACACCAGGCGGAACGGGCUUGAAUUAUUGAAUGAAUUCAACUAA